AUGCAAAAUUUCAAUCUUGUGCAGUUGCAAGUUUACCAACAAGAUAUUCUUAAGGCCGAUAUUGCUGUGAAAAACCAUAUCGAAGGAAUUAGGCAGCAAAACUUCAUGUCAGAGAAAGAAAUAGCCCAAUGUACUCGAGACAUUAAGGAACAAAUGGCCAAACUUGCUCAUUUAAUUAAUGCCUUAGAGAAAUUCGCAAACAAGAUAAGUUUUCGAAAUGAUCGUAUCGAAUUAUUGACUCAAGUGAAAGAACAUCGGAAUGAAUUAGAAAAGAAUCGCCAAAUGCUUCGUCAAGCAAUUUUUGAAUUUUUGAAAGUCAUGGAAGAACAGUCGCGCACUUAUUUAUUGCAAGGUGGUGAUGAUUCUCAGGACAUUGAAUUCAGAAACCGUAGAAGGCGUGCUGAAAACUUGAAAACACAAACUUUGAAAGUACUUUUCAAAUACUUUUUUGUCGUUUCGCUUAUUAAAUUGUAA